AUGCAGAAGCUCAAAAGCAGCAGCAGCAGGAACAGCAGCAGAGACAGCAGCAGCAGCAGCAGCAGCAGAGACAGCAUCAACAGCAGCAAAGACAGCGUCAACAACAGCACAAAAAGCAGCACCAGCAGCAGAGACAGCACCAGCAGCAGAGACAGCAAUGGCAGCAGCAGCAGAGACAGCAUCAGCAGCAGCAGCGAUAGCAGCAGCAGCAGCGGCAGCAGCAGCAAAGUAGGAGUCCCCACCAGCAGCAAGUACGCAAUAGCUGGCCGCCUUGCAUGCAUCGAGAGGUUCUGCUGCUGCCCAGGCGCCCAGCAGCCACAGCGCGCCUACAAUCUGCAGCAGCAGCAGCAGCAGCAGCAGCAAAGGACGUGGGGGCCCGAGGUGGCAAAAGCAGCAACAAAAACGCCCAGGAAAAGGCAAAAAAGCGGGGACAGCAAGGCAGCAGCAGCAGCAGAAGAAAGCGAUAAAAGGGGGAGAGAAAAAGGGGGAAAAGAAACAAAAAAAACAAAAAACGAAACAAAAAGGGACAAAAAGGAAUUCAAAAGGAACAAAAACGGACUGCAGCAGCAGCAGCAGCAGCUGUUGCUGAGCACUUUGUCUCCCGAGACACACUGUGAAGUAAAACAAGGACAGCAGCACCAGAAGGGGACGGCAGCAGCAGCAACCGCGGCCGCAGCAGCAACAAUGGAAAGAAGCAGCAGCAGCAGCAGCAGCAGCAGCAGCAGCAGCAGCAGCAGCAGCAGCAGCAGCAAAGGACACAGCAGCAGCAACAAAGGAGAGACAGGCUCACCAAUUCCCGGCGCUCGCAGAGGCGGUAAUGGUAGUAAAGACACCAGGAGACAAUCUGCCGCAGGGUGUGCUGCGCGCAGAAAGCAGCAGCAGCAGCAACAGCAGCAGCAGCAGCAGCAGCUGCAGCUGCAGAAACCCGAGGCAAAUGAGGAAAAUGGGGAAAAUCACUAG